GGGGAAGUAAAUGGAGAAUAUAUGAGGGCAUAAGAGCCACAACUGAAGAAUCAUGAUUCUGCUACACUGUUUCUGUGCGCCGAUACUGGCCAGCAUUACUGUGAGUAAGGGUUCCGUGCGGGUGUUCUCAGGCGACGAUUUGAGGACCGCAUGCAGUGUGCCCGACGAUCCCUCACAGCGCUGGAGGUACAGGUGGUUUCGAGAUGAACAGGACAUGGGUUUCUACAAUUCGAGUGAGGCUUGGAUUAAACACAGUGGAAACUACAGCUGCCAGGCAGAGAGAGACAUGAAGAAAUGGCCUUAUAUUCUGAGCACACUUCCCAGCCCGCCUCUCCAGCUCCACGUCGAUCGAGGAUGGGCGCUCCUGCAGACACCAGUUACGCCUCCCAUCAUUGACGAUACAGUCAUGCUGACGUGUCACAUUCGAGGCAAUCCCGUAGCAACUGAGGUUCGCUUCUACAAGGACGGCUCUGAAAUCCACUGUUACGAGAGUAAAGAGCUGGUUUUCAGUAAGGUGACUCUUGAGGAUGCUGGUGUUUACUGGUGCAGGGACUCAUGGAUGGAGAAAUACGAGUUACACUCCGCCCAGUCUCUUCCCGUUCCUGUAACUGUACUCGAUAAGUUGGAAACUCCCCGGCUGGUGGUUGAUUCUGGUCGGGUCAUCGCUGGAAGGCUUGUGUGUAUCAAAUGCGAGAUGCGGCUGAAUGUUAAAGCGGAAGGCCUUCAAAUAGAAUAUCACUACAUGAAGAACCACACCCGGCUGGCACCGGCCUCAUCCUCAAACACAUACACCAUCUGAAAGGUACAGGAACAGGAUGCUGGGGUGUAUAUCUGCAAAGCCAAAGUCAGGCGUCUGGACGUGGAGCGAUGGAGCAACACCCUGGAACUUAAGCUCUAUUAACCUGCGCAAAGAAUUUGUGAAACCUUCAAUCAAGUCCCAUAUGAAGCUACAAGAAGGAAAGAUUUAGAAUCAAAUGUAAUGUUUAUGGACCUUGUGGCGAGAAAAGUAAUUCAGAAUGAUUAUCCUUGCUUGAUUUUAUUACAAGGGCUCAGGAACCCAUCGACCCAAAGCCUACAUUGUGAUUUGUGUUAGGUUUCAUACAAAAUGUUAUAUAUUAUAUUCAAUAAUUUGUAUGCAUAACCUUGCAAAUAAACACACAGCAUCUUUAAAAAAUAAUGCAGUAUUGAGUGAACUGAUCGUGAACUUCUGAAUGACUCACUGCAGGACGUCAUGACAAACAAUCCACAAAAACUAAAGUAUUACAUGAUGUCCCUCUUCAUCAAGAUCAUUUGUUUUCAUGUUUGUAUUGUCAGAUAACAUUGACUGCAUUCCAAAGGCAAUGCAAGUAAAAAACUAGUAUUCUAAUCAAUUAU